UUAAAUAUCGAUAUUUUAUAUGAGAAUCGAUACUAGAGCAGGAGACGUUGGGAUCGUGAAUAUCGAUACUUUAGUAUGGAUCCGCACAUCACUACUUGUACGGCACUCAGUGGAAUAGCUCUUUCCAGGCGACGCUUCAGUAUGAACAGACUCAGCGGCGCAGCUCUUUCCAGACGACACCACAGUAUGAACAGACUCAGCGGCGCAGGUGAUAUUCUCUUAGUCCGCCUGGCUAUGUCUUUCUGGGCAGUGUGUAUGGUCUUAAGUGAGUCACAGUCUUAUGCCAAAGCUCUGAACACAUGUUUUAAAUGCUUGGAGGAGGAUUUAUUUUGCCAAAAGAUGAACCGCAUUUUUAACAAGGAAAAUGAUGAAACCUUGUGGGAAGAAAGUGGAGCAAAGCAAGGCCUGCCUAAAUGUCCCCGCACCCCUCCUCCCAUGACUGGACAGUGUGUUCCCUGUUUAGAGGACCUCCAGGUCCUCAUUGUGUGUUCCAACGUGUCUGCAGAGAUCGAGCUGGACCUGGAGGCCUCUGAUGGGAAGAGUCUUUCCUACACUGCUGCCACGUGCCCUACACUGGAGACCGUUGGAGGAAGUUUGAGUCAAUCUGCCAGUCAUUCUGGACACCUGGAGCCAAACCUCUUGAUGAUCCUCAUGGCUGGCUGGAUCGUCAUACUAUGGGAAUGCAAAGGGGAAUCCCACCAUGUUUUUUUUUUUAGCUUGUGCAAUUCCACAUGGCCACACCCUAGCACCACAGACCCAACACCCUCUCCCGUAUUUGGAGAACAGACAACUGUACCGAUUUAAGGAGGACAUGGGGUCUUGGCCCACACCUCCAGAGUACCAGGCUCGAAAGACUUGUUGCUGUCCCUGUCCAAAGUCCAACUGGUUGUGUUGUAUAUCAAGACGAUACUUGACGAUUCCAGCUGCCACUCUGCCACCCCUUCCUCCCCUGGGUUGUCCCUGUCCAUCUGGUCAUCCUGCCUGAAUGUUUUCUAGACUCACACCACAUGCAUUUAUUAAUUACUGCAAUCUGUUCUCUUAAAAUGUUCACCCGGCCCAGCAAGAAGAGGACUG